CGAACACAGUUUCUUCAGCACAUCGUACUCAAGCAGUGCAAACAUCCGACAGUGUAGUGUGUGUCUAAACUCUAAACAAAGACGAGAUGACAACAAUUGAAGAAAUAGAUUAAAUGCGUUGCAAACCCUAGCUAACGGCAGAAUUGACAUUUGGCAAGUCAGUUUUCAGAGUUUUAGAACUGACGAAGAUGAUAAAUAAAGGAGUUUUUGGGUAAGCCGCACCUAGAUCAAUCAACAGCUUGUUGCAAAUUUACAAGUGAAGAUGUGGCAUGAUAAAGAACAAAAUUGCCGUUCAUCUGAUCUGAAAGCUUCUCCUAAGAAGAGUUUUGGAGAUUAUGACUGCAGUAAGGUACUUUCACCGUCAGGAAAUCAUCUAGAUAGUUUUAACGGGUUCUCAGGGAAAAGGAAAGCAGCAGCUAUUGAUCUUACUCACAAAUCAAAUAUUAAAGAAUUUAGGUCACCUGUAAGAGUAAAUGAGCAAGAAAGUAAAAAUGGUGUACAUGCUAAAAAAUCAUUUGGAGAACAGGAAACUUCCAACCCGCAGUUCAAAAAUUAUGAUAAUUAUUAUGGGACUGGGUUCAUAAAAGAUUGGCCAAUUAGUGAUGCAGACUCUCAGAGGAACCCAACUGAUAAAUCAAAUGAUGCUUCUUCAAGUGUGCCAGAUGAUUCUCUAUGUCACAAGGAGGGCCCUUCUUCAACUAUGAUGCCUGUGGGGAAAAGCUUUAUGCUCAUAACUCAGCAAGCGAGGGAAUGCCAAAAUGAGGUACCUGUUUGUCGCGCUAUGUUAGGGUUUCAGUCUGGCAAGGCUUACAAAAGCGAUGAACAGAACCAUGUCAGAUCACCACAGAAAGCAGGAUCACCAGAGAUGAGAAUCUCCAAGAAUACCUCAGUGGAUGACAUGUCAAGGAAUGGUAGUAGGCAUGAUAAAUUGGUUGAGAAUUGCCAGAAAAUUCUUCAGCAUGAAGGUCCUUCUAUAGCAGAUGAGAGUAUUAAAUUAUCUUCAGGAGAACCAUUGAUUACAUUUACUGACAAGUUGUGGGAUGGGCGGGUUCAGCUAAGUUCUUCUGUGACUGUGUCUGCAGUUGCCUUUUUUAAAAGUGGUGAGAAGUUACCUGACACAACCUGGUCUGGAUUCAUUGAAGUUAAAGGGAAAGUAAGAUUAGAGGCUUUUGAAAAAUAUGUUCAAGAUCUUCCUCGCUCACGCAACCGCGGCUUGAUGGUUAUAUCACUUUGUUGGCAAGAGGGAUCUCCUGAAACUGAUAUUGCGGGCAUGAAAGAGGUUUCAAAUGGAUACAAAAAGGGGUCAAAAGUAGGAUAUGCUCAGUUAUCAGCAGGCACAGACAUUUACAUAUGCCCUCAUAGUUCUACCAUUAUUACUAUUCUUUCCAAAUAUGGUUUCUUCAAGGGCGUGUCAGCUACUGAAGACAAGCAGGAGCCCUUGAUUGGUUGCGUGGUAUGGCGAAAAAGCCAGGUUUGUUUGAAUCCUGUCAGUAAAACUUCAGAGAGCAGGUGCAAGUCCUCUUCAGUGCAACCUAUUGCCUCUGUUUCUGGAACUUUGUCUAAUCAAGUUGCUGGAAAGAAAUCUAAUCCCACACAACCCGGUCAACAAACUAAGUCAACUCAACAUGUGACAGCAGUGUCUACUUUAAGUCUUGAGCAUGCUGGCGGAAUUGGUAAUGAAAUUAAGAAGAUAGAAAGUAACGAUCAUUCUGAAAUAAAAAGAUCUUCCCCUGCUGAUAUCCCAGCAACUCCAAUCAACGUCCCAGUCACUCGUGUAGCUCAAAAAACGUCGGUACCUUUCCUUGGACCUGGUCAGGCUUCUACUGGGGCCCUAUCCGAAGUUAAAGGAUCUCUCAGUGCUAUUUCUGGAGUAGAGCAUUCUAAAGUGAACUGGCAAGAAAAGAAUUCCUUGGUGUCUGUUCAGUAUAAUGCGAAGAAAUCAUGUUCACCUACUUUUGACGAAGACGAUCUUCCUGAAUAUGACUUUGGAAUUGCGCGUGGGAUUUCUUCCACCGCACUCAGUAGAGGUGUAGGUGCUUCUAUGCUUGAUAUGAAGCUUCUAGCUAUGGGAAAUUUAAAAGAGACUGGUUUAGUGGCAACAAGCAUGGCGGCUGUGCAUACAAUAUCAGCUCCUAGCCAAAGUUCAGAUAAUAUUACUUAUCCCACAUAUCAUUCCGCUCCCUACCAAGAAAAGGCUUCGCCAGGAGUUUGUGAACGUGUUUCUGAGCGCUCUCGUAAUCACAACUGGGAAGAACAAUGUAGUGCCCAAGGCAAAGCUACAGCGGUGCCUCCUACAGCUGCAUUCAUCUCUCCAGAGGUUUCUUGUACUUCGUUAACCAAGAACAAAUUUCUGUAUGAUGACGAUGACGACGAUAUGCCGGAGUGGUGCCCUCCAGAGCCAUACAAGCAAACAAUGGGAGAAGCAAACAGGCUGUCAAUGCCUGUUCCCCAAAAACUUCACAACUCAUCCUUCACAAAUACAUCUUCUGUCAUUCCGCAACCUGUUAUCCUUCCUCCACCCCCACCGCGACCCGCUAUCCUUCCUCCACCCCCUCCGAGACCCACUAUCCUUCCUCCACCCCCUCCGCGACCUCCUGUACAUUCACAAUUUUCCUACCAACAACUGCAUCCAGCUGUCCAAGUUCCAAACGCUUCUUCUUUGCCAACGCCCGUGCCUAUACAAAGCAGUCCAAGCAUUUUAUCCGGUUUCAACGCGGAUUCAGCUUUAAGACCGCAAUCCAGUUCAGACAUAAGACCUCGGUAUCAAUUUUCUGGUAGAGGUGAUUGGAAGCCUCGGCACUAAAAAGAGUCGAGGAACUAGCUGUUCGUUACUCAGUUUUUCUCCUUGUAUGUUGUAUCUUAAAGUCACUUAGGAGAAUUGCUUUCUGUCAAAAGUUUUAAGCUGUAAAUUUGUAUUUGUAUUUGCAGUUGGAUCUCCUUGCCGUA